AUGACGAAUUCGAGCAGUGAUAUUCGUGUUGUAGUAGGAAUUGAUUUUGGAACAACUUAUUCAGGAUUUGCUUACGCGAAUGUCAACACACCCCAUAACAUAGAGACUAACGACAAUUGGCCCGAAAAAAAAGGCGAAUUCAAAACAAAUACGGUGAUUCGAUAUGAUAAAAAACUCAAUGUUAUCAAAUGGGGUUUACCUGCUUUAGUUGAAAAAAUCUCUAAAAAGGGUAAUAAUUUAAAAUCUGAAGAAGCUCAGAUUGCUGAGUUAUUCAAACUUCAUCUCGGCGAUAUUGUCGAAGAAGAAAAACCUAAGUUACCUUUAGGUUUAGAUCCCAGAGAAGCGAUCACUAAUUAUUUGUACGAAAUUGGAAAGCAUAUGAAAUCCAGAAUAUCUGAACGAUGGCCAGAAUUGAUUUACUUUAAACAUGUUCGAAUUGUUCUCACUGUGCCCGUUGAAUAUGAUGAGAGAAUUCGCGCUAUCAUGCGACAAUGUGCCUACGAUGCGGAUCUUAUACUUACACUUGAAUCAGAAAAUUUGGAAUUUACUACUGAACCGGAAGCUGCUGCAAUUUAUUGUCUUGAAAAUCUAAAUGAACAUUCAUUAAAAGAAGGAGAUUCAUUUAUGAUUGUUGAUUGUGGCGGCGGGACAGUCGAUUUGACAGUUCGCACUAUACUUCCCGACUCGCAAUUAAGUGAACUCACAGAAAGCACUGGUGAUUUCUGCGGCUCCACAUAUAUCGACAAGGAAUUCAAAAAGUUUUUGGGUGCUAAAAUUGGAAAAUCAGCUCUUAAAAUUAUGGAGGAGAAGCAUUAUCCUCACCUUCAAUAUUUGAUUCAAUACUUCUGCACUCAUGUAAAGCUUCCAUUCGAUGGUGAUGAAAGAAACUGGCGAAAUAAAGAAAUUGAUCUUGAAGAAGUUUGUCCCGUUAUUAUGCAAUACGUAAAAGGCGAGGAAAGAGAAGAGCUAGAAGGGUGUGAAUGGCUUAUCGAAUUAGACUUCCAGACGGUUAAAUAUUUCUUCGACAAAGUCAUCGGCAAUAUUUUAAAGCUAAUCCGCGAACAACUGACCAAGUCGGAAAAGACUAUUUCUGCAAUUUUUUUAGUUGGCGGGUUUUCUGAAUCCAAGUACUUGUUACAGCGUGUCCGACAGGAAUUUGAUCGCCAAGUUUCGUAUAUUUCAGUCCCAUCUUAUCCAGUCACUAGUAUUGUUAAGGGUGCUGUUAUGUAUGGUCUGAGAAUGGAUACAGUUAAAACACGUGUACUCAAAAAGAAUUACGGAGUCGAGCUUUACCGCAAUUGGACUUCCAAUGAUCCAAUUGAAAAAAUGGAAAUUAUAGAUGGUCAAAAGAAGAUUUUAGCUUUCAAGAGAUUAGCUAAAAAAGGGACUGCAGUUGAUGUUGACCAAGAAUUUAAAAAUACGUCCUGGCCAACCUUUCCAAAUCAGAAAGCCUCCUCUUUCAAAAUCUAUACUACUAGUAAGAACAAUGGAAAAUAUUGUAGUGAUCCAGAAAUGGAAUUGUUUGGAAAACUUCACUUAGAAUUGCCUGACGUUAGUCAUGGUCUCGAUCGUCCAGUCGAGUUCACUUUGAGUUUUGGUAAAAUGGAAACUCGUGUUUUUGCUCGAAGUCUCAAGCCGGGAAUGACUGCUAAUGCAACAUUUAGACUAGAAUUAUAA